CUGAGGCGGGCCCGAUUUUCAGUUUAAUUUGCGAGCCUGCUAGUCUAGCUAAGCCAGCUAACGUUAACGUUAUCUGUGUCGGACGGCGAUUUUCCGCCGCCCCCCUCUUUCCGCGAGUGUGUUGGGGCCUGUAACUGUAACCACGAGGCGCGUCGGCCCGGAGGGGGAUCGCGCAAUGGCCGAGUUUGGGAACGGGCUUGCGGAGGAAUCGUUGCUGGACUCAGACCCGGGGCACCCGGAAUUAGAGGACCCCGGCGUGGGCGACGAUGAGCCCGGGCUAGAAGAGGGAGAGGCCGCUAUCGAGGACCCGGAGCUGGAGGCUAUUAAAGCCCGGGUGCGAGAGAUGGAGGAGGAGGCGGAGAAGCUGAAGGAGCUGCAGAACGAGGUGGAGAAACAGAUGAACCUGAGCCCUCCACCUGCUGGGCCUGUCAUCAUGUCUAUAGAAGAGAAAAUUGAGGCAGACGGGAGGUCUAUUUACGUAGGAAACGUGGAUUACGGCGCCACGGCAGAGGAACUCGAAGCUCACUUUCACGGCUGCGGCUCCGUCAACAGAGUCACCAUCCUGUGUGACAAAUACACCGGGCAUCCCAAAGGGUUUGCAUAUAUCGAGUUUGCAGACAAGGAGUCGGUGCGAACAGCUAUGGCUCUGGACGAAUCUCUCUUCAGAGGACGACAGAUCAAGGUGGGAGCGAAGAGGACGAACAGGCCGGGCAUCAGCACCACGGACCGCGGCUUCCCCAGGGCGCGCUUCCGCUCGCGGGGGGGCAGCUUCUCGUCCCGCGCGCGCUACUACAGCGGAUACACACCCUCCCGAGGCAGAGGACGGGCCUUCAGGUUUCAGGACCAGUGGAGGCUGACCGCCCCUUCUCCCGUGGCUGCAGCGCCCUCUGCUGUCUCGGCGGGCUCUCUCCCCCUCUCUGCCCCCUCCAUUCACACACACCCUAUCCUGUCUAUGUGGGGGGGUGGGGUCGGGGGCCAGGGCGACCACCGCCCCACUAUAGGGGGGAUUUACUACAACAGCAAGCGCUAAGCACACGCAGGCACACACUUAACACGCAGACACACACACACACACAGAUUUUUACAGAGAGGGUGGUAAGCUGAGAUAGCCACUGCUGUUUUACAAGACAGAUACAGGUACACAGAGGGGAGGCUGCAGGGGGAGUCAGGAGCCCUAUGGCUUCUCAGUGUACAGUGCAAACACUACACCAUGAGAGUAUUCCCAGGGGAGGCUGGGCAGCGAUUAUUUAAAACGGGGGGCAGAACUUGUAUUUUGGAGGUCGUGUGGAGAGGGUGUUUUUUUUGGUGGGGAUAGG